UGAACCAGGACAUCAUAAAAAAUUAAUGAAGAAUAGAUAAUUAGGAAAUACUGAAACUCAAGAAUUCUGUUCAAACUGGCAAGCUGAGAUGCUAUUAUGCUUGGUUUAGUAACUUGUUCUUGCCAUUCAGGUCUCAACUACCUCAAAAGCAGUCCCAAAUCAUUUGCAAUAACAGUGAUCUAUGCUUCAUAAACUACUCAAAUUAUCAAAAUCAGAAACAUGAAUCGAACUAUUCAGAAUCUAGGAGAGGCAUACCAAUUUCAAGAAACGCAUAAUUGGCACAAUUUAUCAAGCAUACCAAUAAUAAAUAUUCAAUCAUCUACUUAUUUAGUUAAUUCAAUUCAUCUAUUUUUUUGUUAAAAACAAAGAUGAAAAAAUUAUUUUUUCUAUAACAAAAGAUUGGUCAUAAUCAAGGUCCAUAUUCAUGUGAGAACUUGUGUAAAUAUUUUCAGUUGUGACCAAUGAUUAAUUUGAUGAAACUAAAAGACUAUGGUUCAACAACUUCAGGGGCUUGAUUUGCAUAUUUCAGAAAUUGAACAACUGUGCACAGAAUUUUCCUCAACAAUUGUGAUACUUGAUCACUUGGCCUUCUGCAAACCACCACUAACUGAUCAAGAACAGCUUAUCUUUUCUAGGCUCUUAAAUCUAUCUAGAUUCCCUCAAAUGUAUGUGAAAUUUAGUGCUCUUUUCAGAGUUUCAAGAGAAAAACACCCUUAUCUGGAUUUGUCAACUCUCUUGUCUCAAAUUGUCUCUAGCUUUGGUGCUAACUGUGUAAUGUGGGGCAGUGAUUUUCCAUUUGUUGUUCCUGAAUGUGGUUACAAAGAGGCCAAAGAAGCUGUCAAUCUAAUUGCCAAUAAGGCAUCUCUUUCUCCAACUGAUUUGGAGUGGAUCAUGGGGAAAACAGCCACACAACUGUUCCAAAGCCACUCAGCAUCUUAAA